AUGGACCUCUCCCCAGAGAAUUCCAAUUUCAAUCACCCUUACUCGCCCUAUGACAUCCAGCUUCAGUUUAUGCGCGCCCUUUACACUUCUCUCGAAGAGGGCAAGGUGGCUGUUUUUGAGUCUCCUACUGGCACGGGAAAAUCCUUAAGUUUAAUAUGCGGCUCCUUAACUUGGUUGCGCGACCACAAGCGCAAGGCUCUUCAAGAACUAGUGGAGAACACCGCAUGCGAUGAAGAUGAACCAGAAUGGAUGAAAGAGUUCGCAAAACGCGAAUCAAGCCGGGCCAUUGCCGAAAAGAAGAAGAGACUUGAAUCAAGGCUGGCAAAGAUACGGCAAGAAGAAGAGAAGCUUAAAGUGGCUCACGAAAGUUCUGAGGGUCCUCGGAAACGACAGAAAAUGAAUGCCCCAUCUACUGCUUUAGAUGUACAGGAUGAAGAUUCUUUUGCAUUAGAUGACUAUGAAAGUGAUACUGAGGAGCAAAAGAAUUCGCAGAUGUCAUCAGGCCAACCCAGUGGUCUGUCUGCCAGCACCCUGGGUCUAUUAGAGCAGUUCAAAGGGAAACUCUCAAGCAAGCCGGCGGAGAAAGAUGACGCCGAGGGAUUGACCAGAAUUUUUUAUUGCUCCCGAACCCAUUCUCAAUUGACCCAAUUUGUGAGCGAGCUAAGGCGCGUUGAGAUGCCGCCAAGCGUGCCGAAGGAGCUCAGCCUUGAUCUUACGGGCGAAGGAGAACUCGAGGAGCGGAUCAAGCAUCUGUCGCUUGGGUCCCGUAGGAACCUGUGCAUCAACCCAAAAGUGGCUGCUUUGGAAAAUCCAACCGCAAUUAACGAACGAUGCCUUGAGUUACAACAACCUGGCGUUGCAGCCCAGGACAAAUGCCCCUUCCUGCCGUCCAAGAACGAUGAAGCGCCACUACUGAACUUCCGCGAUCAUGCGUUGGCGACAGUCAAAGACAUUGAAGACUUGGGAAACAUUGGCAAGAAGACUGGAACUUGUCCUUAUUAUGCAUCCCGAUCGGUCAUCAAACACACCGAGAUUGUGACGCUUCCAUACCCCCUGCUCCUCCAGCGAUCAGCACGAGAGGCCCUAGAAAUCUCCGUCAAAGAUCACAUCGUCAUUAUUGACGAGGCGCAUAACCUGAUGGACGCCAUCUCUAACAUCCACUCAGUCACAAUCACGCUUUCCCAACUAGAGACUUCGAUCUCACAACUGACAGCUUACGCGCGGAAGUUCAAGACGCGCUUAAAGGGGAAGAACAGAAGCUACAUCGCACAAGUCAUUAGGCUUGUCAGUUCAAUUGCGGAUCAUCUUCGGUCUCUCAAAAACACUUCUGCUCCUGAGGGCUGUGUGCAAUCUUCAGAUCUCAUGGCUGGAAGAGGCGUUGACCAAAUCAACCCCUACAAGCUGUGUAGGUACUUGCAGGAGAGCAAAUUGGCUAGGAAGGUUGAUGGCUACGUUGAGUUCUCCAAGGAAAAAGCAGAUCACCAAUCACACUCGAAACCUACCACGCCCGUCCUUUUCCACGUAUCAAGCUUUCUUUUACCUCUGAUGAACCUCACGGCUGAAGGGCGGCUAUUCUAUUCGAAAACAUCAGACGAUAUCCAAUUAAAGUACAUGUUACUCGACCCAACAAAUCAUUUCAGGGAGAUAGUUGAAGAUGCACGGGCAGUCAUCUUAGCGGGUGGAACAAUGUCUCCAAUGUCAGAUUACAUGAAUCAUUUAUUCUCAUAUGUGCCACACAAUCGGUUAGAUACCUUCAGCUAUGGCCAUGUCAUCCCAUCAGAAAACCUGGUUGCACAUACUCUCGGAAAGGGGAUCUUCGGUUCCGAUUUCGAUUUCACCUACGAAAAUCGGAAUUCCGAGAAGACAAUCAAUGAUCUCGGGCGAACAAUUGCAGCAUUUUGUCAGGUGAUUCCCGACGGCGUGGUUGCCUUUUUCCCCAGCUUUGAUUAUCUACACCAGGUCAUAAGCACAUGGAAGAAGCCCAUUCCGGGCGACGAGAGCAAAAGUGUCUACAAUUUGAUCGAGCGGAAGAAACCCAUUGUGUACGAGUCCCGCGAUAUGACGGUCACAACGGAGGAGCUCCUUCAGGAUUAUGCUCGGACUAUUGAAGCGGGUAAAGGGGCUCUGCUCUUAUCGGUAGUAGGGGGCAAAUUGUCCGAAGGCAUUAACUUCUCGGACAGACUGGGACGGGGUGUUUUGAUUGUUGGUCUGCCUUUCCCGAAUAUACACAGCGCGGUUUGGCAAGCCAAAAUCCAGUACGUCGAGCAGAAGGCGUUUGCGCAAAACUCCGGGGCCAACCGACAGUCGGCCGCCAAAGCUGCGGGCAGGGAUUUCUACGAAAAUGCUUGCAUGCGAGCAGUCAACCAGAGUAUUGGACGGGCUAUCAGACAUCAGAAUGAUUACGCCGCCAUCGUGCUUAUUGACAAGCGGUAUCAGAGCGCUAAUGUACAAGGGAAACUGCCGACAUGGAUUAAGCAGAGUAUGGCGAGCACUUCCGUGCAACGACCGACAGGGGCAGUAGUAGGCAGCCUUGCUAAAUUUUUCACUGGCAGGAGAGGAAGGCAGGAGCCAAAAUCGAUAGAAUACGAAUGA